UACCGAACGUGAUGAAGAAAAAAACGUGCUAUCCUGGAGGCACCGCAUUCUAAAGAGGAUGCUUGUUUGAUUACAUAAGCAGCAUAUGGAUGACAUCAUCACAGCAGGAUUAAAGGGGGCGCGGCUUUAGCUGAGGGAACAGUCCGCAGAGGUAAAAAAGGACAGGAGGAUUAUAUUUUUGGGAUGUUGUUGAUUACAUGGCAUCAAAAGCGAGAAUGUCAUCUAUGAUGGUUUUGAUGCCGCGGCAUUCCCGCUCUUGAAAGGACUGCCGCUAGCAGAGGCUCUCCCGCAGCAGACGGGGGACGCUCGAACGCCUUUGAAGGAGCAUCAUCGCCAUUGCAUCACACAGACGCUCGGUUUUAUCGAGCUGAUUCCCGAACAUUCUGCCAUGGGGACAGCUGAGGCAACUUUACGUAUGGACAGCAUGGAGGUGAAGGACGAAUGGCAGGAUGAGGACUUUCCCAGGCCUCUACCAGAAGAUGGAGAUUCCACAUGCGGCCUCACAGACAACAGAACCAACCCCCCCUGUAGUCUGAACGUGGGUGGAUCGGGCAAGGACCAGUCCAAACGCCGGACGCUGACUGCCCCCGAGAUGAACUUGUCACUGGAUCACAGCGAGGGCUCGCUGCUCUCAGAUGACCUGGACAUCAACGUGGACGAUAUGGAGACGCCCGACGAUACCGACUCGCUGGACUUUGCCAAUAAUGGCAAUGAGCUGGAGUGGGAAGAUGACACCCCCGUUGCCAGCGCCAAAUGUCUUCCAGGCGAAGGCGAGGAGGAGCGGGACUCAUCGGGCCGCCUGUGGAGAACGGUCAUCAUCGGCGACCAGGAGCAACGUAUUGACAUGCAGGUCAUCAGGCCAUACCUCAGGGUCGUCACGCACGGAGGCUAUUACGGAGAAGGCCUGAAUGCCAUCAUCGUGUUUUCAGCCUGCUAUCUCCCAGACAGCAGUUGUGACGACUACUCGUACAUCAUGGAGAACCUCUUCUUGUACGUGGUGAGCAGCCUGGAGCUGCUGGUAGCCGACGACUACAUGAUCGUCUACCUGAAUGGCGCCACGCCGCGCAGGAAGAUGCCCGGCAUCGGCUGGCUGAAGAAAUGCUACCAGAUGAUUGACAGGAAAUUGAGGAAGAAUCUCAAGUGUCUCAUCAUUGUUCACCCAACGUGGUUCAUCCGGACAAUUCUGGCCAUCUCCAGACCUUUCAUCAGCGUGAAGUUCCUGGACAAGAUACGUUACGUGUAUACUCUGCACGAGCUAAGCCUGCUCAUCCCCAUGGAGCACGUGCAGGUGCCUGAGUGUGUGCUGCAGUACGACGAUGAGAAGAUAAAAGCAAGACUGGAGCAAGAGCAACAGAAUGGAAACGUUUUGCCGCCUACAGAAAGGCUGAAGCAAACGAUAGCCGAGAUUGGGGGCGAAAUCUGAAAUUCAAAAAGAAUUGAUGCACCACGAGUGGAACUUCUCCCAGACAUUGAGAAUCACUGUAAUAGACCAUUUUAGCUAGGCGGUGGCAGUGUCAGGAAACGGGCUUGACUUUUGCCUUUUGGCUCUCGGCCAGUGGCCUCAAGAUCCAGAAUUACAGUAGCUGGCAAGCAGCUGUGAUGGGGAAUGUACAGUGAGCUGUGACACCAAACAUACCCUUUGACAUGUCGAGCUAACAGUGAGCUCCAGCGUGUCACAUCUCCACCUUUUGGUUUGGGACUAAUAAGCUAACAUAACGAGCACAGGAAUAUUAAUACUCUUCUAAAAUGCAAAAUGAGAGAAGAUAUUUGGGUUAACUGGAACAGGGCGUAUGAUAGAUUUGACUCGAGCCGCAUGCUAAUUAACAAGCUUUGAAUUUUGAGCUGCAUGUUACUUCACAAGGCAUGGUUAUCCAAGUGCUGAAAUAUUGAGGGCAGUCAGCACCUUUCCUCAUUCAUCAAUGCAAUUGUGGGUCAACUCCCAUUUCCACUUCACAUCAAGUAAAAUCAUCCCCAGUCAGGUUCAGAUAGAAGGCUUAGUAAAUGAGUAGCGGUGUAGCUGGGGUGUUAUUUACCAUCUAGUAUAAUCAUAUAAUCAGAUUGGAUGACUUAGACCACUAUUGCACCAAUUAUACUAUAUUGUUGAAAUAAUUAAUAAUAAUUUGUUUUUCUUAGUUUUUUGUUUUUUUUUGUUUUUAAUAAAUAAAUAUAAGUAUACUUUUACAAUUUGGAAACAUGCCCAAAUCCUAGCAAUAUUCAAAACUAUAAAAAACCCCAGCUACUUUUUUUU